ACUAAAAUGCAUUAAAAUCUCCACGUUAUUUUCUAAAGUCUGAUGUAUUUGCAGCAAAGUUUGUCUCCAACAAGAGAAACGAGAAAUCUUACAUUUGAUUUUCAGGGUGAAAAAAAAAAUCAGGGAGAGAAGAAAACGAUGGAGAUGGAAGUAGACACCGAGAAGAAGCAACAAGACGUGGUGAAAGAGAAGGACUUAUUCAAAGCCGCUGAAGAGGGUGACAUGUCAACGUUCGAAGCACACUCCUCUGAAACCCUCUCCAAAGCCCUCUCUCUCAGAAACGAAGACGCUCGCUCCCUCCUCCACGUUGCAGCUUCUUCCGGCCACUCCCAGGUAGUGAAGAUGCUAUUGUCUUGUGAUGCGUCUGUUGGUGUGGUGAAUUGUGCCGACGAGGAAGGGUGGGCGCCGCUUCACUCUGCAGCCAGCAUUGGGAGUGUGGAGAUAGUGGAGACUCUAUUGAGCAAAGGAGCUGAUGUUAACCUGAAAAAUAAUGGGGGCCGCACUGCUCUACACUAUGCUGCCAGCAAAGGUUGGGUGAAGAUCGCUGAAAUGCUCAUCUCCCAUGAUGCCAAGAUUAAUAUAAAGGAUAAGGUUGGUUGCACUCCAUUGCAUCGGGCAGCUAGCACUGGGAAAUCUGAGCUGUGUGAAUUUUUGAUUGAAGAAGGAGCAGAGGUUGAUGCUGUUGAUAGAGCUGGUCAAACUCCUCUAAUGAAUGCUGUGAUUUGCUAUAACAAAGAGGUAGCCCUUCUUCUGAUAAGACAUGGAGCAGAUGUGGAUGUGGAGGACAAGGAAGGGUACACAGUGCUUGGUCGAGCCACACAUGAGUUUAGACCAAUAUUAAUUGAUGCUGCCAAGGCCAUGCUUGAGUGAUCAUACAACUAUAAGAAAAUGAGAAAAUUGUCAGGACAGGAAUGUAAAAAGAGAGCAGAAUUGUGGUAGUUAUUUCGCAAUGCAUUAAUCGUGGUUACGUUCUUGACAAAUUUUCUUGCACAGGCAAAAAGCUCAUCUUUACCGUUAUGUUCUUAGUUGUCAAACCAGUUUGUUUUGGGUAUUUUUGUGCCAGCUUUUAAAUCAGAAAGAUAUUGAAUUUUUGUUUUGAUAAUCUCCUAAAUUAGCAAUUCAGAUUGUAUAAAUCAAAACAUUUUAAUUCUAGGGAUUUUAAGAAUUCUCCGUUA